GACUGCUUGAAUUGCCGAAGUGGCAACAUGGCAUGUGAAGUACUUUUUACCACGUUGCAAAACGGCAGACUUACGUUUGUCUACGUGUAAAUCGUGUCAUAAGAUUUCAUUCAAUGAGUUAUAUGAAAGUAGUGUAGUUGGAUGUUUGUCAUUCUACUCGAGCAGAUAUACUUGAAUUUUUCUAUUGAGAGUGAAGUUUCCCGAAUAUAAUCUGACAAAAUGCCUGCUUCUCCAAGCUCAACAAAUGUAGGCUCAGGAGGAAGAUCUCCUUCAAAGGCUGUGGCACCUAGAUCUUCUACAGGAGGCACUGUGAGGCAGAGAAAAACCACCACCACGACCACUGCUAGAAGAAACACGGGGGCUGGAACGGGUGGUAUGUGGAGAUUCUACACUGAUGACUCUCCAGGAAUCAAAGUGGGACCAGUUCCUGUCCUUGUAAUGUCUCUAUUAUUCAUUGCAUCAGUGUUCAUGUUACACAUAUGGGGGAAAUAUAGUAGAAGCAGUUCAUAGGUUAACAAUAGGCAUGUAUCAUUCCUUCCAAUUAUUUAAUGCAUUUUUCAUUUACAAACAUUUUAUAUUGUUACAUUAUUGUAAUAGGUAUGCAAAAGAUGUUUUCAUUAAAUUUUUCGUAUAAGUU